ACAACCCACACCAACCGCUCCCCGUUUUACAGACGGUUUUAAUGACUCUCUCCUCCGUCAGGUCGAUGACCUGAAGCUGAUGGUUCAGGAUCUGAAGGGGAAGUUUAAGAAGCCGGCGCUGAAGAAGGUGCGGAUGUCGGCCGACGCCAUGUUGGCCGCUCUGCUGGGCUCCAAACAUAAAGUGUCCAUGGACCUGAGAGCCAACCUGAAGCAGGUCAAGAAGGAGGUGAAGGAGGAGGAGAAACAAACAGGCGACUGGAGGAAGAACAUCGAAGACAAGGCCGGGAUGGACGGCAGGAAGAAGAUGUUUGAGACAGAGGCUUAAAAUCCAGCAGUUUUUUCCUCUGUUGUCCAGCAGUAUUAUUCAUUUCUGUGUAUUAUGUGAGUU